AACGGAAAAUUAAUCGCUAAUUUAAUCACCAACGACAACUAUUUUGUGGCUGCACGACUCGGCUGCUUAGCAACGAAUGAGUUAUAGAGGGGAUCCGUGCGUCCCACUGUGCAAACUAGUGCAGAUAGUUGCGAGUAUAAACGACGCAGUUUGCAGCGCUUACAUCAAUAAUUUCUUCAGUCGUCUUGUCUUUCGUGGACGGCACUGCACGAAACCAGUUGAACGUAUAUCGCUAUCGGCUAUCGAAGAUGGACAGCAUCCGCUACAUUACGUUUUUCUUGCUGGCAGUAACGCCUGGUUGCCUGCUGCAGGGAUACAUCGCCGAGCAACCGACACCGCUGCAGCGUACAGCCGAGGCCGUACGGCAGGCCGAAGCCAACAUGACCGACAACGCCGUCAUCGUUCUGCCGGCCCUGAAGGAAGACACCCUCAACGGCGUGCGACCGCCGCCUUACGUCGUCCGCGCCCCGCUCCUCGGCAUGGCGACCUUUAUCUGCUCGACCGCCGCGGCACGGCAGAUCGUCUGGCACCACCAGAACGCCUCCAUUCACGGCGACGUACUCCCGCCCACCGGCAAAGACUACAGCUUCUACCGGCAGGCGACGAGCGAAAACCACAGCUACCUGCACAUCCACCGCGUCAGUCGCGACUCCGGCGGGGCGGUGGAGUGCUGGCUGCCCUGUGGUCCCACGCAAGCGCUGUGCCACGUGUGGACCUACAAUUUCCUGCCGGAGCUGCGCGCCCAGGACGUCUUCCUGGCCCCCUUGCGCAACGUGUCGACACCACUCCCAAAGUUCUCCAUGACCUGUAGCGGGCGUGUGGACUGCAGUGAGACGGGCUGGGAAGCGCACUUCAUCUGGAAGUACGACGGGCGCUUCGUGGCGGCGCCCUACCAUGACCUGCGCACCAUUGCCGGCCACUCGCACACCCCCGGUCUGCUGCACAGCACCAUCGACGCCAACGUGUCGGCCAAGCUGGCUCGCCAUACGUUCUGCGCCAGCACGCUGACCAUCACCCUGAGCGAGACGCCCAGUCCGCCGUCGGUGCGGGUGGACUGCUGGCUGCGGCCCGAUCUCCAUAACCACCGCUGGUUCGUCCAGUCGGCACACGUCCAUUUCACGUCAUGGCGGCAGUAGAUGGCCAGACAGAUAGACAGCGGCACUCGUCGAAUGCAGCGCAGCAUGUGCACUUGGGCCGGCGUUCUCCCGUUGCUGUACCGUGACUUGCGGUUAGAAUUUCUCAUUUAAAUCUAUGUACGGUAAUUGCGCGCGGACGGCAAAGAUACUUUUGACGGAACCAGUACCGGAAACCUAAUCCAGAUUUUUAUUUGUAUUGUUUGUUUGGUUGUGUUGUUUGAAAGGGUCAAUAAUACCGA